AACAAGAAUUGGAGCGAACCAGAAAAAGAGAGGGAAUAGAUAAAAAUGCGUGAAUGAGAGAGAAAAAAAGUUAGUUGGCUUGGAAGGAAAAAGGAAUGGGAAAGAGACGGAAGGGAUCAGCUGAGGCAUAAGCUAAUCCACCAUAUAAUACACUAAUAAAAAAUAAACAUGUGGAAUUUAUUUAGUCAUUACUCCUACACUGCAACUCCUUUUUCUUUAAGAGGAAGAAACACGCGGAUGAGAGACUGGACGCGGUUGUGGAGGUUGAGGCGGGGGCCGACGAGAGCUGAGGUCGAAUCGGGGAGGCGGGCUCUGUCGGCGGCGUCGGCGGCGGAGGGAGGAGGGGAUUGAGGAUUGAGGCGGAGGGCGUAGAGAGGCGGCUCGAUCCGGAGCCUGCGCUUGCGGCGGCGGCGUUCGGCUGCGGCUUCCUCUGCGGAGGAGAAUCCGUAGGAGCGCUGCGAGAUGAAGGAGGAAUUGUCCAGGCAUUGGGGCUGGGAGUGUUGAGCGGCGGCGGAGAACUGAUUGGGGGUGAAAUUGGUGGUAGGAUACGGCGGAUGAGGGGGAUUGGUGAGAGGGGUAUCUGUAAAGUGAAUGAGAUUGCUAUAAUUUUGAAUUUCCUAACUUAGAAUGCCAAGCUUCAGCAGUAAUCACUCACAAACACAUGCGCGUCUGUGUGCGAACAGAGAGAUAAGAGAGGGAAAUCGGUGUUUCUUUCUCUUAAAGACAAAGGAGUUGCAGUGUAGGGAGGGAGAGAGUAAUGACUAAUGAGUGAAGAUAUGAAGCGGAUCUCUCCUCGGUGUAAUUCCCAAAUUACUCAACUGGAUCAUGUGAAGCUCAACUGAAAUUUGGAAUUCUUGGGAAGAAGAAAUCAGUUUGAAGGCUGUGAAUGUGAAAGGGGGAAAAGGAAUCAAAUUUUUAUCACCCUUUUGCAGAUGAACUCAGCUGCCCCAUAAAGGUGUUUCUGUAGUUUCUGGGGUUGUGCAAAGCUUUGAUCUUUGAUAGAUGGAAGAGGUAGGUGCCUGUGUAGCUUCUCCGGCAGUUUUCCACCAGCAUCUGACUGCGAGAUUUCGUCAUCCGUAUCCGAUGGCUAAGAAACGCGCCCUGCCCUUUGACUCAUCGAGCUUUCUACCACAGAACACCGUGGAGAGUUGGAACCAGAAUUCCUGGAGCUGGGACAGUGCGAGGUUUGUCGCCAAACCAUUGCAACGUAAUGGCGGCCAAGUGGGGAGUAGCGGAGAGAUUCAGCCAGUCGGAAAACAAGUGAUGAGUAGUGCUCCGUAUUCUACAGUUGCUGGUGGGAAUGGAACUCGUAGUAGUGGUAUCAAUUUGGUGGAGCCACAACCUGUAUCGAGGCCCAACAAAAGAGUAAGAUCAGGAUCGCCCGGUGGUGCUAACUAUCCCAUGUGUCAAGUGGAUGAUUGCAGAGAAGAUCUGUCUACUGCUAAGGACUAUCACCGCCGGCAUAAGGUGUGUGAGGUUCACAGCAAAGCUGGUAAGGCCUUAGUGGGGAAACAGAUGCAAAGGUUCUGCCAGCAAUGCAGCAGGUUUCACCCUCUUUCAGAAUUUGACGAGGGAAAGAGAAGUUGUAGGCAUAGGCUCGCUGGACAUAACAGGAGGAGGAGGAAGACUCAACCAGAAGAUACUUCUCAACAGUUGUUAGCUCCUAGUAUCGGUGAUAGCAAUGCCGGUGAUAAUGAUAUUCUCAAUUUACUGGCAGUGCUAACUAGUGCACAAGGGAACAUUGUGGACAGAAACGAUAAAUUCCCAUUAAUGACCAACAAAGAUCAUCUCAUGCAGAUGCUGACUAAAAUAAAUUCGUUGCAAUUAGCAGCGAACUUGGAAGCUAAGUUGAAUGGAGGUAACUCAAAUCAUAUGUCAACGGAAAAUCAGAACCGGAUAAAUGGGAAUGCUUCUUCCGCAUCAACCAAGAACUUGCUUGCUGCUCUUUCAGCAACUACAAGUGUACCAUCUUCUGAAACUCAAUCUCAACCGAGCAGGGAAGGAAGUGACUCUGAAAAAAGCAAGUCACCAUGUCUCGAAAAGCCUGGUGGAUCAACAAUGGACGUUCAGGAAACCUCGCCAAGCCUUCCUCUUAGACUGUUUAGGCCCUCACCUGAAGAUUAUAGGCCAACAAAAUCACCAUCAGACUGGAAUUUUCUUUCAUCCGGCAGGAGUUGUCCUUCAGAGGAGAGAUCGCCUCUAUCUACACCGCCUGUUGUACAUGAUCUAUUCCCAAUGCAGACUUCAAGAGACACGGAUAAGAAUGACCAUCUGUCAAAUAGUGAAGGUGAAAUUGCGUGCGUGGAAGCAACCACGAUCAACGGAUGCAGUACAUCUCUUCAGCUUUUUGGAGCGUCGAUCAGUGGUACUCCAGAUGUUCCAGUUCAUACGUCUCCAUACAGAGCUGGAUAUACAUCUUCUUCUGUUUCUGAUCAUUCACCAUCCAGCCAGAAUUCUGAUGCUGCUGAUCGUACCGGUAGAAUAAUUUUCAAAUUAUUUGACAAAGAUCCAAGCCAUAUGCCUGGAUCAUUACGGUCUCAGAUACACAAUUGGCUCUCUAACAGUCCAUCAGAAAUGGAAAGUUACAUCAGGCCUGGCUGUGUUGUUCUAUCCCUGUAUUUAUCGAUGCCAUCAUUUUCCUGGGAUCAACUAGAAGAAGACCUUCUUAACUAUGUGAAGUCCUUAGUCAAAGAUAUUGAAUUUUGGGGGAAUGGGAGGUUUUUGGUUCAUACAGACAGACAAAUGGUUUCACAUAAAGAAGGGAAGAUUCGUCUAUGGAAAUCAUUGAAGGCUUGGAGUAAACCGGAACUCAUCUCAGUCUCUCCCGUAGCAGUUGUUGGUGGACAACCGACCACUCUUAUAUUGAGGGGAAGAAGUUUGAAGGCUCCGGGCACUAGGAUACACUGCACGCAUGCAGUUGGAUAUAAUGUAAGGGAAGUUCAUUCAUCAUUGUGCCAUAAGACUCCAUACGAUGAAAUUAUCUUGGACGAUUUUAAGGUCAAUGGUGCAGCAUCUAGCAUACUAGGCCGCUGUUUCAUUGAGGUUGAAAAUAGUCUCCGAGGAGCAAGUUUUCCGAUUAUCAUAGCAGAUAGCACUGUUUGCCAAGAAUUGAGACUCCUGGAGCCUGAGAUAAAUGGAACUUCUGACGUAUGCAAUGGCAGGGAAGAAUCGCUGCAUUUUCUGGAUGAACUCGGGUGGUUGUUUGGAAGAAAAUAUAACUCGUGCUUGUUUGAGCACCCUGAUUAUAGGCUCAAUCGGUUCAAGUUUCUUCUUGUAUUCUCUGUCGAGCGUGACUUUUGUGCAUUAGUCAAAUCCCUUCUCGACAUUCUGCUAGAACUUAACUCCGGUAGAAACGGACUAGAAGAGGAGUCUCUGGAGUUGUUAUCAGAAAUUCACCUCCUGAACCGGGCUGUCAAAAGGAGGUGUGCGAGCAUGGUUGAUUUUCUUAUUCAUUACUCCAUCGUAGAUUCCAGUGGAACAUCUAAGAGGUUCAUUUUCUAUCCGAACAUGGCUUGGCCCGGUGGUCUCACACCUUUACAUUUAGCUGCUUCAGCAUCGUCAUCCGAUGACAUUGUUGAUCUACUGACAAGCGAUCCACAUGAGGUUGGGCUGCAUAGUUGGAAUUCUGUUCUUGAUGCAAAUGGGCUUUCUCCUUAUGCAUAUGCUACGAUGAGGAAUAAUCAUUCGUACAACGCACUUGUUGCUCAGAAGCUUGCAGAUAAGAGCAACGGUCAAGUCUCUGUAACAAUCGAGGAUAACCUGAAGCCCUUCCAGGUUGAGAUAAAUAAGGAACGAACGACAAAAUCCCACCUCAGUCGAGGUGAACAAUCUUGUUCCAAGUGUAAGUAUGCGUACAGAACGAGGAUUCCUCGUUCCAGUGGAUUGCUGCAGCGUCCAUACAUACACUCAAUGGUAGUCGUUGCUGCUGUGUGUGUUUGUGUGUGUUUGUUCUUACGAGGACACCCCUUUGUUGGCCGCGUUUCCCCGUUUUCAUGGGAAAACCUGCAAUACGGCACAGUUUAAGUAUUAACAUUGACACCGGUUGAUGAAUCACUCAUGGGAUGAUGACCAAGACGAAAGCGUGAUUUCUCCUAACCUGUUUAAAUGAAUUUUCUGAGAUCCGAGAGUGGAAGGCCGUGGCGCAGUGGUUAGGUUUCCUAGAGUAAAGCCUUCGAGUAAUAUGGAUCCCUUUGUCGUCUGAUAUACUUCAACGAGCAGAGCAAGAUAAGGUGAAGGAAUGGUCUAUGCUUUUGCUGAAGCUCAUCAACUUGAGCUAGUUUUCGUGGAGGUUCAUCCGAACUAACCGUGCUAACAACGAGGCUAACGAAACUCUCACUCGGAUUGUCUCACUGUAAGAACUAGGUGUUACUAUAUAAUACUAGUUGAAGAGAUUUAUAUACUGUAUACAUAUUUUUCUUCAUUAGUCACAUUUAACUGAGUUGAAUCUUUGUAUGAAUCCAUCUGCUUUCUGUGUGUGUGUUUUUGAAGAGGAUAUAUACAAACUGUUUUCAUUA